AUGGACGCCGUCCAAAAACAGCAGACGAAUUCCCUCGGGUCAAACGUGACGUGCCCGCGCCCAGCACACUUCCUGUUCGAAAAGCUGCCCGCGGAACUGCGGAACAAAGUCUACGACGAAUAUUAUGCCAGCGACGAAAAACAAGAAAAAGAAUUCUAUUAUUUGGACCAGAAGGGGAAUAUCACAACAGCCACUGAGCGUUACGUAUAUAAGAAUGUUGUGGCCGGGACGCAACAUCAAAUAUUUGACCCCAUCCGCGCCAGUAAGACAAUGGCAAGCGAGAUACUUGCGCGCACGAUACAGCAGGUCGUCUUUGAUAUUCGGACACCAGAGGCGCUGAAACAAUUUUCAGAAUCGCUGCGUACCUACAUUGAAUUGUCUGGACUAAAAACAGACAAAAGUCACCAGAUUGCAAUCGACCUCACGUCUAACAUGACUACUUCGCACCGGUCACAUCUCGACAAUUGGAACGAGAUAGAAGAUGAGCACGGCAAUGAUUUCGAAGAAGAAGAGACGUACCACCACGGCCGCGACCGCCAGGGAACAUUGACCCGACUCAAAGUCAGCACCCACGACCACAUCAAACAAUGGCUGGUGGAGCUUAGCACUCUGCCCAAUAACACUGAGAUCUGUCUGACCUUUCCAUUCUUUUGGAGGGACUUUCGCAGUCUCCGUGGACUUUCGGCUCGAUACGGCCUCUCAAACAGGACCGUCAAAUUCUGUUUCCCACCACCAUCCAGCAGGCAUCCAGAGUACGACUAUUGCCGGGCCCAAACCAUGGCCGCAAUCAAGGGCUUCCAUGACACCAAGCAGACCGUACUGACCAAAGAAGAGAGGGAGCACUUAGUCGCUAUCGGAUGCAGAGGCUUCGACGGCUUUGGACGCCGCCCAAAUGCGUGA